AUGGCGAGGGAGAGUGGCUCCAAUUGGGCCCCCGGCUCCAAUGCCGACUUCUUCGAGUGCUUUUGUGGCGGUGGAGAGCAUCCGGGAUCAGGUUGCUUCGGAGAGCGACGACGAGAACUGGGGGAAUUGGAAGCCGACCGAGGGCUCCCAAACUAUGGCCGCCAGCUCGCACGAGGACGUGAUGGUGGACAGAAUAAGCCAACUGGUGGGCUUUGGGGGGAAGGCCUCUGCGAGGCGACAGAAGCUGGUGGCCACGGCGCGUGGGAUGCAGCAGCCAAUUACGCCUCCCAAGACAACCACCAGCGCUCCAGUGACACCUCCGAAGGCAAUGCCAGCCUCUACUCCAAAGACUCCACCAAAGAGUCCGCCAAAGAGUCCGCCAAAGGCCGCGCCAGCGCCGCCCAACAUCUGGACAGCACCACCCCCACCCAGGGCCGCUCCGAAGGCUGCCGCUCCAAAGGUUCCAAAAGCAGCGGUUCCAAAGCCGCCGAAGGGUCCGAAAGCAGCGAUUCCAAAGCCGCCGAAGGGCACGACUACAACAACGCCGGCUCCUUUGACAACGCCGGCCCCUGUGGCAACGCCGGCCCCUGUGGCAACGCCUGCCCCUGUGGCAACGCCGGCCCCUGUGGCAACGCCGGCUCUUGUGGCAACGCCGGCUCCUGUGGCAUCGCCG